AUGGCGGCGCCCGUCCUGCUGAGAGUGUCUGUGCCGCGGUGGGAGCGGGCGGCCCGGUAUGCAGUGUGCGCCGCCGGGAUCCUGCUCUCCAUCUACGCCUACCACGUGGAGCGGGAGAAGGAGCGGGACCCCGAGCACCGGGCCCUCUGCGACCUCGGACCCUGGGUGAAGUGCUCCGCCGCCCUUGCCUCCAGAUGGGGCCGAGGAUUUGGUCUUUUGGGUUCCAUUUUUGGAAAGGAUGGUGCAUUAAAUCAGCCAAACAGUGUCUUUGGACUUAUAUUUUAUAUACUACAGUUAUUACUUGGCAUGACAGCAAGUGCAGUUGCAGCUUUAAUCCUCAUGACAUCCUCCAUCGUGUCUGUAGUAGGGUCUUUGUACCUGGCCUACAUUCUGUACUUUGUACUGAAGGAGUUUUGCAUCAUUUGUGUCAUCACAUACGUGCUGAACUUCAUUCUUCUUAUCAUCAACUACAAACGACUAGUUUACUUGAACGAGGCCUGGAAACGGCAACUGCAGCCCAAGCAGGACUGA